AAUCCAUACCCUUUGGGGUCGCCCAUACCCAUAUAGCCCAUAUAAGGGAGUACCCCCCCCCCUCCGGUAUGCAUAGUCCUGGGUCUUGUGCCAUUGGUUUGACAUCUUAAUAAAGAUCUUAGGGUUAAAAAUCAAGUUUUAAUUGAUAGCCAAAAGCAAUUUUUGAUUUUGAGCAACGAGAUUUUUUUGUAGAAGUACGUUUGUGAAGAUGCAUUUUAUUAUGUUUUUUUUAGAAUUAAUACAAUACCUGUGGGGAGCAAAGUGAAUUUAAUACUUAAAUAACAGUUUAGAAAUUGGCUCAGAAAAACUGCUAUAAAUAAAUCGCUUCUAAGACCUCUAUUUCAACUGUAUAUAUGUUCAAAACUUCCGAUUUAAAUUAGAGAUAUCAAAGCACUAUUAAGUAAAGAUUUCUCUAAUAUAUUAUUUAUUGAAAAGCUUGUUGAUUAUUCCUGUCGCGUGCUACUCGUGAAAACUCUGACAAGAGACAAGAGAGCUCGGGGGACACCUUUACUCCCUGGGAAAUAAAAAUUAUAAAGUAAAUAACAAUUAAAGAGAGCAAUUAGAACUUGAUUCUUUAAAAGUGUUGUUUGGGGCUACGUUUUUAUCUAUUGGUAAGUUAGUCGCUUGACGCCUGCUUGUGGAAAUCGGACACGUUGUGUGACGGAACCACUUUAGCGUGACUUGCCGCACCCAUCAUGUUAUUUGUCACGCAAUAGUAACGUUUUGGCAGCCAGGUGUAAACGGAACUCUUGUCAUUUUUGGCCCAAAGUACAAAUAAUCUAUAUAGGAAAAUUAAUAUAUUAAAUACAAUGAGGGAAAACGUAAAUCGAUCUUCAGUUGCAUGUUCAGACUGCAGUUCCUGUAUUUAUUGCAUUUUUUUUCAUAUUUAACAUGUUGGCGUUACGCCGCGUUCUUUGUAAGAGGAAACGUGUACUGUUCGCUUUAUGGAUGGAUGGCACCUUAUUCUGAGACCAAUUGCCCAUUCAUUCUUGCUUUACACAUCGAGAAGGGUUUUUGGUUUGAAAUCCAUUGAUGGUUUGUAAUAUUUGUCGAGGAUUCCAGUGCGUUUUAGUUUGUUUUAUUUAGGUUUCCAAUUCUAUUUUGUCAGAUCAAAUGUUUUGUUUAUGUUAUUUAUGUUUAUUUAUUCCUCUCUUGGAAAGGAAUCUGCCAAGAUUAGUGCUUUUUCAGAAACAUUUGAUUAGGGUUUAAAGGACCAGUGACAGUUCUUUUUGCCUUUUUACCAAAUCCAAUAAAACCACAUUUAGACAUUUUUUUAUGUUUGAAAAUGAAGCCAAGUAACAUGAGGUGUCAUUCAGUCCAGGCGAUCCUUUUUCCUGUGUGCUACUACUGCUCUCCUUCACGGCCGUGACUCAGGCCGUCACUCAACGCUUGUUGCGUGACGAUCUACACGGUAACGGCUGCGAUGUAGACUAGUUUAACAUGUGCGUAUUCAUCGGUUUUAGGCUUGGAAACAAGUUGCCGGUGUGUCCGGUAACCAAGCUGUCCAGGAAUAAUCAACAAUUGCAGUACUUGCUGACAAAUUUUUAAAUAAAUAUUAGUAAUAUAUAAUUGACUGUUUUAUUUCUGUCACCUUUCAAACCCCGUGGUCAACAUCUAAUUUCUCCGUACUGUUCUAAUUCAUUUCUAUCAUUUUCCUUAGGAGAAUUUGGUUUCUACUGGUUAUGAUUUUCCUGAGAUGAUCGGAUUUUUCGUCCUCAUAACCUUGGCUGAAUUUGUUUUAAAUUGCAACGAGUUCAGAAUCUAAAUUAUUUUUAUUUUUUCUGUUUUCUUACAUUCUCUACAAUAGACCUUAGGAGAGUUUACCUUCAAUUCCGCUUUUCUUGAGAUGAUUGCGUUAUUACUUCUCAUGACCUUUGUGCCUAAGUUGGUAGGGAGAAAAUAGACUUUGAUCGCUGCUGGGGAUAAAAGGUAAAGAACCUCGGAUAAUUAAUCCAGUGCUAAAGAUAUGUAUUUUAUAGUCAAAAGAGAAAUAAAGGAAAAGUAAAUCCAAGUGAGUUGUGAUCUGUCAUUGAAAUCCGGGAAGAGGACAAGGUAACUAGGGUUAGGCAGGGGAGCUUUUGUUGCUUCCCGUUAGGAGAGGAGGUGGGGUGGGUCGAUAGGCAGGAUUAACUUCUUCAUUUUCAAGACUUCGCCCCUGGGAAGGAUUGCCAGUAGUUGAGCUUGGUACUUUGGAAGAUUGUAAUGCUAAUACCUCUAAAGAAAUUUCCCUUUCCUUUUAAUUCCCCUCAAUUUGAACAAAUUUCUACAAGUUGUUGCUAAAUGUAACGAGUUAUAGUAUAAUUCCAAAGUGACGGCCCCCGUUACUUUCAGAUUUAGCAGCCAAAAGGGGCCGCUACUUUCGGGUAGCCGUUACUUUCGGAUGGGUAAAAAACGUUUGUGCGAUAACAGUCGUUUUCAGACAAAGCGGACGCAUAACAGAUGAAAUUAAAAGUUCCAUUUGCGUGUGGUCCUAACUACCCACAUAAACAAAGCUGACUGUAUAAACAAAAAAGGUCCCAAAUGUUGCAACUGAUUACACUACAGUAUCGUUUGACUCUGCUGCUAAACAAAUACCGCUUAUAAAUCAUAGUUUCAAGAAAGAUUCAGUUACGUUGGAAUUGAAAUCACAAAUAACUCUUCAAGUUGUUCAGUCCUGCAGUCAGAGUGCGCUUGAGAUCAGAGAGUUUCUCUUUAGUGACGUCUUCAAAGGGCCGCUACUUUCGGGGGGGACCGUUACUUUCGGGUUUCAAUAGGAUGGUAAAAUAUUAAUGUUAGUUUCGGGGAGUCGUUAUUUUCGGGCGGGCCGUUACUUUCGGAAUGCUACGGUAUUUUGAGGGUCACGGAGGUGUCACGACGUUUCUAGUAACAAUGCGAUACUCGCCCCCAGUAUUCCCUUUCUGUGAAGAAGAUCACCAGCGGGCUUUCCAGAAGACAAAGGAAAUUGGAGAUAGGGACUUCCUUGUCCCCAGAUUCCUCGAUUUGGUGUUGACGAAGGGAUCGGGGACUCUGGGACGAGAAAGCGCUGUUGUAAGAACCCGGAUGUGAGGAAAAGCCCUGACUUGAACGCAGUAACGAAGAGAAGCGUUUUACUCUUUGUUCCGUAAAGUGACAAAUUUAUCAGCACAUGACAGCUGCCGGAAAGAAAAAUAGGAUCAUUUUUUUUUUCGUAAAAAUACAUCCGGCGUGCGAAAACAAAAAUUCAAUCAUCGAAAUAAGCGCGUUUAGAAAUAAUUUUACGAGAAUUUUUGCGGUCGCUUUUUACCGCUCCGAAAUUUAGUUGAACAAUUUGCGUCGAUUCCCAUCGUUAGCGGCAGGUGCCCUGAUAAGUGUAAAAGUGCAAGCUCUUAUGUUUGUUGUGGCAAUUAGAGAUUUUCGUCAAAUCAGUUUCCGCAAGUGAAAACGUAUUAAUCUCGGAUUGUCCUAACACCUCCACAUUGGUACGAAAAUGCAAAUUUGACGUACUGUAUUUUUUUUUUUUCCUUUCGCCGAGCAUUGUAUUUGUCAGUGACUGCUCGCGGCGCGUGUGAUUUGGUUGUGAUCGAGCGGUGUGUGAGCGGAUCACGACGUCUCCAUGCCGUUGGACUUUCCGCGGUAUUACGCUGGCGUAGCGGAUGAAGACAUGCUCGACGAAUUUCUUGUGGGCAGAAGAGAGCUGGAUCACGGACAAAGCUCAACUAUGGAUGUCCGAAGAUUUCUUAAUGUGAAGUACCAUCAAGCUUCAGUGGGAAAAUUCAAGAAAGUCGCAGCGGUGUCCACAAUCGCUUUUGUCCUCAUCAUAGUCAUGGUCUUCACCUUUGGCUCUCCUCCCACGAAGAAAAUUGCAAUGAAGACGCUUCCCGCGUCAACAGAAGCCAAAGAGCCUGGUGCCGAGAAACACCGACACUCCUUCGUGCUGGCCACGAAUCCCGACAUGCCUAUCGAUCUAGCACUCAAGUGCAACACAUGCGCGCUGGUGAGUUCCUCUGGAAUGCUGCUGGGCAGCAACGCGGGCUCGCAGAUUGACUCUGCCGAUUGUGUCUUCAGAUUAAACUCAGCGCCCACGCUUGGCUAUGAAAGAGAUGUCGGAAGUAAAACUACCGUUCGUGUGGUCUCGGUAACAGGUUUGAAGUCUUUGAUCAGAGAUGCUUGGCAGAAAACGCUGGCUUCUUUUGAAGACUUGGACUACAUGAUACUUCUAGGGCCAGAAGAAUUGCUGUGCGAGAAUUGCACGCUUACCAAUCUGUAUAAAAAGUUCGCGGAAUACCUUCACAACACCGAGCUUCUUCGAGUCAGGCAAGAAACAUAUCAGAAGGUCAAACAAGAGUCAAGGAAACUUAGUAUUAAAUAUGGAAGGCAGGACCUUCCAAUCUCUACAAGAUUUUACACAAUGAGUCUCGUUCAACAAUUUUGCCCUCAAAUCAGAGUAUUCGGCAUGGAACUGGAAAACCCCUGUCAAAGAUCGAGAACCAUUCCUCUGUUCUACUGGGUCCCAGACUCUUGGCGGCACGAAUGUUUGAGUCGCGAGGGAAGAGUUCAACAGCAAGUCUUGCAAGGUCUGAAAAGACUUCGACAAGAAAGCGAAAUCUUCAAUUCUUGGGCUCGGCAGUAUCACAUUGAGUUCUUUUAUCCUUCUCAAAAAGUCACAUGAAUAUUUUGAACAAUAAGAAACCUUUAUUCGUUUGUUUCUUCGUUUCGAAAGACUGUAUUCCACAAAGUCGUUCGACGUUCGUUCUCAUCGUCACACAACGGUUCUCCAUCACCCUGUCACGCAGAGUUUUCUAGUCACAAGUGUUAUAUGAAGCCUCUAACUGAACGUUUGCGACAAAAGGCUGAGCUAUGUCCCCGCUUCAAGUGAGUUGAGUUUUAAGUUGAAUGGUUAUUCAUUAAACUUAAAUUUCGGAUCAAAGCAGAACCACUGACAUCACGCACCGAUAAGAACUUCAUCGAAGAACUCGGUUUAUGUCUCUAUUAGUUAUUUGGUUAAUUUCAAGACACAUUAAAGUCAAUGGUCUGUCAAAUAAACUUGUUAAAGUU